CAAGCAGGCACGUCGUGAAUAACAGGUGCAAAAACGAGAUACCACAAAGUUUAAAAACAAGACACCUGCCAGUACUGUAACGAGAAUGAAUAGUACUGUUGGUGCCAUUGUUGGGGACCGCGCCAGGGACUAUCAUUCGAGAUCGACGCGAAGUGACCUCGAAGAUUUUGGACUGCCGCUAUGUGGCUCAACGGGACCUUCUCGAAUAAACGAGUACCUGCGAUACGGACUAUAUAAGCCAACGGCCGAGAGAGGGAAGCAGAGUAGAGUGGAGUGAAUGGCGCGACAUAAUAAUUCGUAAAUAAGUAGUCAGACAUAAAUAGUGGUGUACAUAAAUGUUCUAUCAGGUUAAGUUAAAGUUAGUUGUGUUGUGUUUUAAAUAAAUUAG